AUGAACACUGUUAUGGGAUCGCUUGUGGCUAUCUCAGGUGGCGCCCCCAUCUUUCGACCCUGGGCCGCGUUGGUGGUGGGCGCCGUGGCGGCUCUGCUGGUGCUGGCCGCCAUACCGCUGCUGGACCGGCUGCGCGUGGACGACCCGACCGAGACGUUCGCGGCUCACGGCGUGUGCGGCCUCUGGGGGCUCCUCGCCAUCGGCCUGUUCCCCGAACGCGACACGCUCAUGGACUACACGCACGGCCGCUCAGGGCUGUUCGCCGCCGGAGGAGACGCCAGCCUGCUCGCCGUGCAAGCGGCGGCCGCCGCUUGCAUCAUCGCCUGGGCUGUCGGGGCCUCGACACUGCUGCUGCUCCUGAUCAAGUACACGAUCGGACUGCGCAUGACGGCUGAGCAAGAGAUCCUGGGUCCUGACCUCGUGGACCACGACAUCGAGCACGACUACAACUCGCCUUUUCUCCGCGCUCUGCAAGAACACUACCGCGCUGGUCGCAAGCUGAAGGCACUCAAGAUCAAAGUGGACAUUCUAAGAGAAUAA